GAACCUUCUCACUGUAACUCAGCUGAACUCACAUCUCUUGCCAACAUGCCCUACAGCUGCUGCUCUGGAAACUUCUCCUCCCGCUCCCUUGGGGGCUACCUGCGCUACCCAAGCUUCUCCUGUGGCUCUUCCUACCCCAGCAACCUGGUCUACCGCACUGACCUCUGCUCUCCCAGCACCUGCCAGCUGGGCUCCUCCCUCGACAGCGGCUGUCAGGAGACCUGCUGUGAGCCCACCAGCUGCCGGACGUCCUGCGUGGUGUCCGGCCCCUGCCAGACGUCCUGCUCCCUCCCGAGGACCUCCACGUUCUGCGGUCCCUGCUGGACUGCUUACCCUGGGUCUGUGGACUGUGGAUCCAGAAGCUGCCAUUCCCUGGGCUGUGGAUCCAGAAGCUGCUACUCUCUGGGCUGUGGAUCCAGUGGCUUCAGACCCCUGGGUUAUGGAGUCUGUGGUUUCCCUUCCCUGAGCUAUGGAUCCAGUUUCUGCCGCCCAACCUACUUCUCCUCCAGGAGCUGUCAGUCAUCUUGUUACAGACCAACCUGUGGAUCUGGAUUCUACACAUCCACUUGUUAA